AGAGAGUUUGAGAGAGAGAGAGAGAGAGAGAGAGAGAGCCCAGACGGUUUUCUUGUGCUCUUGUUUUCCUUGCUUCUCCGCCACCCCGACGCCGUUUCGCUCAGGUUUAUGCGGCGGCGGAGAUAAUGGAGAAGAUAGAGGCAGAAUUGAAGGAGGCGGAGACGAAGCAGAGGAGUCUGAGCAAGGCGUACGAGUGCGUACACGCGCAGGCGACUGCGCUUAUUAUCUUCGCCGUGCAAUGGAAGGACCUGGAGGAGCACUUUGAGUCGACUCGGUACUCGCUCGAGUCGCGAUUCCGGGAACUCGCCUACCGCGAGACGGCGGUCCGGGUCCGGGACGAGGAGUUGGCGGAGAAGGAGAUGAAGUUCUACACGGAAGUUGAAUCGAAAGCGGACGAGUUGGGGAGGAUUCAGAUUCUGAUCGACGAGAAGGCUGAGGAGGCUAUACAGAGUAAGAACCACUUGCAAUCUCUCCAGUCUUUGAUUCUGGAACAUAACGAUGAGGUUAUGGUGCAAGAGAAGAGGUUGAUGGAGGUUGAGAGUUUCGUUGGGGAGAAGAAGAGGGAGUGCGAUUCGAUUGAGAGACGGGUUAAGGAGAGGAUGAAGAAGUUGAAUUGGGUUGAGAGAAUGGUGGAGGAGAAGUCGAAAUUGGCUGAGUUGAAGGGGGAGAAAUUGAGGGGGUUUGAAGAGGCGUUGGAGAAGUGUGUAGAGAAGACUGAAUUGAAGGAGAGGGAGUUGAAUGAGAUUAUCGGGUCGAUUGAGGAGCGCAAGGAGGAGUUCAGUUGGAUAGGAGAGCAGAUUUUGGAGGCGGAAAAGCUGAUUAAGGUGCAAGAGGAGCAGUUGGAUUUGAAAGAAGAGAAAUUUAAGGAGGUGCAAAAGGCGGUUGAAGAGUGUGAGAAAGAGUUGAAAUUAAGAGCGGAGCGGAUUAAGGAGGCUGAAAGGGCGGUUGAAGAAUGUGACAAGGAGUUGAAAAUGAAGAAGGAGAAACUUAGUGCGAUGGAGAAAUCGUUAGUGGAGUGCUCGAAUGCCAUGGAAUCAAGGGAGACAAAGAUUAGGGAAAUGGACUCGAAAAAAGAUAAAGAUUUUUGCUUGCGUGAGAGAUCAUUGGAGGAGUGGUCCUGUAAGCUUGAGUUUAAAGAGAGGGAACUUGUAUUGAAAGAGAGAAAUGUCGAGUUAAAAGCUGGGGAACUCCGAAAGUCUAAAGAAGAAGGCGAAAAGUAUUUGGAAUCUCUCUCACAGGGACUUAAGGAGAAAGAGAACCAACUUCAAGGCCUUGACAAAGAGCUCAGAUUGAAGCAGAAAGAACUUGAUUUGAUCAAAAAAUCCACUCAAGAACGCGCCAAAGACCUGGAAUUGAAAGAGAGGCAGCUUGAAGAUCAGGCCAAAGAGUGUUCGUUGAAGCAGAUAGAAUUUAAUUCGAUCAAAAAGUUCACUGAAGAACGCAGCCAAAACCUUGAACUGAAAGAGAGGCAACUUGAAGACCAAGCCAAAGAGCUUGAAUUGAAGCAGAAAGAAUUUGAUUCGAUAAAAAAAUUCUCAGAAGAACGCAGCCAAAAACUUAACCUGAAAGAGAGGCAACUUGAAGACCGGGCCAAAGAGCUUGAAUUGAAGCAUAAAGAGUUUGAUUCGUUAAAAAAAUUCAGCGAGGAACACACCCAAAACCUGAAAGCGAAAGAAAAUACUAGUAUUUUUCUUUCUCAAGUGAAAAUUGAGCAAUUGGAACAAAUCCCUGCCAACAAUGCUGUUGUUCCUUCUCUCACAAGUAACCAGUCCAGCGUCAAUAUGGAUGGUAGAGGCUCGCUGUUGUUCAUAAAUGAGCAUUUGAAGAACUAUGUUCUAGUGGGUAGUGAAAUCUCAGCUGUUCUUCAGGUGUCACCAGACCCGGCAAAACUGGUUUUGGAUUCUAUGCAAGGGUUUUACCAUUCAAAUUCAAGGGCGGACAAAAGCGGGUGUGGUUUUGAUUUGAGCAUUACCAGGGUGAGUUGUAUCCUUUUGUUGGAGACUUUAAAGAGUAUCUCCCCCAAAAUUAACCCUGAGGUGAAAGAAGAAGCAAUUAAGUUGGCAGGUGAUUGGAAGGUUAAAAUGACGACUGGGACGGAGAAUUGCUUGGAUGUUUUGUGUUUUCUGCGGUUUGUUAGUACAUACGGAAUCACCUCUUUUUAUGAUGCGAUUCAAAGUCUUUGUGCGAUCGUUGCUGAGGAUGAACACACAACUGAAUUAUCCUGUGCCCUUGGUAUCAGUGAUAAGGCACCCGCCAAAACUGAGACACCAGAAUCUUUACUGGCAAAAAAUGCUGGGACCUUUUCUUCUCCGAAUCUUCAACUAUCUGCCACCACAGAUGCUAGUCAUUUGCAGGGGGUUUUAAAUGAGAUUUUCAGUAGGGAUCGUCUGUUGCAGAAUGAAACUUGGGCUACUUUUCAAAUGUCAUCAGAUCCAGAAAAGUUUGUGAUGGAUGUGAUGCAAACUUCUUUUGCUAAAUACUGCACAGUAGAAGAUGUUGGUUUUAGAGAAACUGUCAUGUCGAAGUGCAUUUCACUACUCGACAAGCUAAUGAGAAUUAAACCACAUGUUGGACCUCAUGUUAACAAAGAUGCCCUAAAGCUAGCAGUCCACUGGAAAUCAAAAAUUGGUGCAGGCACCCAAGCCUUCGAGCUUUUGGGUUUUUUGCAGUUCAUCGCUACAUAUGGAUUGCUUUCUAUGUUUAAUAAAGAGAUUUUAGUGUUUCUUGGGAGGAUUUCUCAGCAGAAGCAGGCGCUAGAAGCAUGUCAGACACUUGGUUUAGCUGAUAAGAUCCCUGCAGAUUUCAUUCGGAAUCUUAUUGAAAAGAAGCAACUAAUUGAAGCUGUUCAAUUGAUUUGCCCCUUCAAGUUAAUUGACAAGUUUCACCCAGUACCUCUCUUGAAAGAAUUUGUGGAGAAUGCAAAGAGGUUGUGCAUACAAAAUAGCAAGAGAAGUAAAUCACUUGAUGAAAAGGAUGAAUGUAUAAACAACCAGAUUGCUGAUCUUAGAGUUGUGAUUCAAUGUAUCAAAGGUUGCAAUCUCGAGUUCGAGUACCCUUCCAGGUUCAUUGAAACACGAAUAGCUUUUCUGGAAAAACUAAAGGAGGAUCGGAGACGUCCCAAGACAUCUCCUCCCUCCAAGGUUGAACAACACAAUCAGAAAAAUUCUCCGGUCUCCAAGGUUGAACAACAAGAGCAGAAAAAGGCUAGUGCCUCCAAAGUUGAGGGACAAGAGCAGAAAAAUUCGCAUGCCCCUAGGGUUGAAGGACAAGAGCAGAAAAAGUCUGCUGCCUCCAAAGGUGCGGGGCAAGAGCAAAAAAAAUCUCCUUCCUCUAGGGUUGAGGGACAAGAGCAUAUCGAAUCUCUUGCCUCCAAUGUCAAACAAGGGGCAGCAAAGCCCCUUGCUUCCAUUGUUGAGGGACGAGAGCAGACAAUAUCUGUUCCCUCCAAGGUUGAACCAGAACACCACAGAAGCGGUCAGAAAGUUGAGGGACAAGAGCAGAAAAAGUCUCACGCCUCUAGGGUUGAAGGACAAGAGCAGAAAAAAUCCGCUGCCUCCAAAGGUGCGGCGCAAGAGCAAAAGAAAUCUCCAUCCUCCAAUGUCGAACAAGGGGCAGAAAAGCCUCCUGCUUCCACCGUUGAACAAGAACAACACAGAAGAGGUCAGAAACGGAGACCCAACACUUUGCCUCGUCAGUUUCAACCACAGCAACAGCGUCAAAGCAAGUAUCAUCGGACAUCUGAAUCAAUCGGCCCAGGGUAUCGGAAGCCAUCUUUGUGGCAUGAAAACCAUAGACACCGUGGUCAGUUCGGUAGGGAUGCCAACAGCUAUGAAAUUGGUGCUAAUGCUGGUACCGGUUUUACUGCCAUCCCGAAUCCUCGUCCUUGUGUUCCUCAUUAGACCCUGUAUAAACCUGCUAUACAUGCUAACUACGAAAGACCGGUGCGUAACUCUGGCCCGUCCCAGUUCACAGUGCUGCUUACGGGUAACUUCCUCGUAACGUUCCUCCUAGUUUUUUUGGUGGCACGACUUUGGUAGGUUGGCAGCCCGCUCUCUUCUGUAAGUUGCACUACUGCUAUUUAGGAGAAGCAACCUAAUCUGGCCUUACUAUUGUAGAUACCCUUUGACAUAGUGUCAUUUUUUUCCCUUUGUUUUUGUCCAAAGUUGACAUAGAGCUGUUUUCAAAUAGGAUAAUGCUGGGAUAUCAAAAAUUUUAAAUCAAAUUUACAAAUUAAAUGAUGUAGUUGUUAAUGAUUGGAUUGUUACUUAUGUGUUGUUUAACGUUCUUAUUUUCUAAUUUUUUAUUUGUGACACGUCA